ACCGGAUUUGUUUUCCCUGAUCAGCUGUUGUUGAGGAGGAUGAUGACGUAUUUCCGGUCUCACACCCGAGUCGACAUUACAACAACAAGGCAGUCCGAGCCGAGCCGAGCCGAGCUGGGACAGAGAGACGACGGUACCACCACAGUAAUCAUCAGAAAUCAAAGAACUCCAGUAUCACCACAGAAGAAUUCCCAUUGAUAAAGUCGGAAACUACCAACUUCCCCCACAGAUGAGGCAGAUGUUGUAGAGGGGACCCACAUCCCCACAGCAGGAACAGUUGUAGGUGUGUUUUAUCUGAGUCCAGAAUGGAGAGGAUUUGAGGGGGCUUUCUCCUCAGGUGAGUCCUGAGUCGUGACACUAAGCUCUCCUGAGCUCAGGUUCUUCAGAGCCCACCCUGCUAGUAAUAUGAGCCAUGGACUCCUGGGCAGUUGAUAGUCCUGUAACCCUGGUCAUUAAGGCCCCUAACCAGAAGUAUGAAGACCAGACCAUUAACUGCUUCCUAAACUGGACUGUGGAGAGGCUGAAGAGUCACAUCUCCAACGUGUACCCAAGCAAGCCGCUGUCCAAAGACCAGCGGCUGGUGUACUCAGGAAGGCUCCUUCAAGACCACCUACAGCUCAAAGAUGUGCUUAGAACGCAGGAUGAAUACCACAUGAUGCAUCUAGUGUGCAGCUCUCACAGCCCCCCAGCCUCGCCCAUGCCUCGGAGCCCUUCCAACUCUUCUGCUUCUGCCUCCAGCAGUUCAGACAGUGCCAGCUCCGCCUCCCCUGCCAGUCAGCCAGCCUCCUCCUCCUCCUCCUCCUCUUCUUCUGUCCCAGAAAGUUAUGAUGGGCUGAGGUAUCGUGGUGGCGUCCCCCAGUACAACCCCCAGAGCCCUGCUGGUGUCCCUCAGUGGCCAGAUGGAGCCCAGGUCCCUUUACAGGGCGACCUCCCUGCCAACAUGCCCCCCCACCCCAUGUACAUGCCCAUGCAGAUGCUGUGGUGGCAGCAGAUGUAUGCACGCCACUACUACAUGCAAUAUCAAGCAGCAGUAGCGGCCUCUCAGCCUCCCAGCGACCCCGCUCCUUCCCCUCCCUCCGCCUCGCCACAUCAACCCGCCCAGCCCAACGAAGCCGUGCAGCCGCCGCCGCUGGGGCCCAACCCGGCCCCCAACCCUUUACCCGAGAACCAGCCGGCCAACCCCAACAUCCAGAUGAACGCGCAGGGCGGGGCGGUGAUGAACGACGACGAGCUGAACCGCGAUUGGCUGGACUGGUUGUACACGGUGUCUCGCGCCGGCGUCCUGCUCAGCAUUGUUUACUUCUACUCCUCUUUUAGCCGCUUCGUCAUGGUGAUCGGCGCCAUGCUGCUCGUCUACCUGCAUCAGGCUGGUUGGUUUCCCUUCAGGCCGGAGCAGCAGAACCCCCGAGGAGGAGAAAGGGCCGCGCCUCCUCAGGAGGAAGCAGAGAGACACCAGGACAUACAGGAAAUGGAACGUCUGAUGGAUGAGGGGAUGGAGGACGACGACAGCGGUGAGGAAGGAGGUGGAGGCCCUGAGGACCAGGCCCAGGCGGCUGCUGCUGCUGCCGCCGCCGUCGUCCCCGAGCCAGGCUUCCUUACCACCGCGUGGUCCUUCAUCAGCACUUUCUUCACCUCGCUCAUCCCAGAGGGACGGCCCCAACCGGCCAACUAGGCAGACCCUUUCCCUCUGCCCUACCUCUCAUAUACCCCUCUUCCUCCUGCCAGCAGGUACCGCUCUACAGAAGUAUCACCUUUACCACCUUCAUCUUCACUGUCCUAAAUACCCCCGAAUCAUCUUCAGAUACCCCCACACGUUCAAAUACCCUUUUACCCCAGACCGCCCGGUACCAACCCCAGCCAGUCGGCUACAAAACCUCCUACAUGCUGCCAACGAAUGGACCGAUAUUUAUGAGAAUAAAGGAACAUGUAGAAAGUUAAUCUCACGUUGUGUUAAUGGAUUAAAUGCUUCAGCAGUGAAAGUUGUUUUUUUCUUUCAUCGUUUAUGAAUUCAUUGAGACGUGGCGAUGGUGAGAGACCCUGGAGGGAGCUGUCUUCCAUUUUAAAAAGUGAUAUGGUCAUGCUUUUGAAACUUUUAAAUGAGGGAUGUGAUCCAAAAAAAAGAAAGUGGGGAAUCUCCCUAAAAUGACAGGGAGAUUUGUGUCGUUAAACCAUGAAAAACCACAUCCCUAAAGACAUUUUCAUGUUUGCACACGAUGUGCAUAAAGACAUUGCAGCUACUGAAGCACAUUGUUUUCCCACUCUGUGUAUUUGAACAUUAUUUACACAUGUAAGUAUAUGCAUCUUUAAUUCCUGAAUAUAUGCUUUUUUUGAAUAAAAAUCUUGCUGCGGUU